AUGUUCGAGCUCGGCCGAAUGCUAUGCCGUGGAGAACUCAUCGGAAAACUCAAAACAUUGUUGGAUGAGCCUUUCGAUCUAUCCUUUCAGCCCAUCUGUGACGUCCAUGCCUCUCUCACACUCAAAGCCCCUGUUAUGCUCGCUUGCGGAAACGAGGAUGCUGUACUACGUGAAUCCAUUGUUUUAUUCCGAGAUUGUGUCUCUACCCUGAAUGAUCCUGUGGAGUAUUUUCAGUGUGUUCUGGACCAGUUUCUUGUCGGCCAUCCUGUCCACCCAGCCGCUCUCACAAACCUUGCGCGAGCCCGCCUUUAA